GUGUUCGUUUCGUUUGCCGGGGCGGUAAAUCAGAAACAUGGAGGACAGACGAAGAUCUCUUUUAAGGUUAUCUCAUAAAAGUAUAAUAAAAAAUGAAUCUUUGCGAAGAAAUUCAAUGGAUUUCUCGUUUAUUUCGAGAAAAAAUAGAGAUAAUAGUGAAUAUGAUUUUAAUACUUCGCUUACAAUUGCACCUCAUGAAUUACGAGACAUUAUGUCAAAUUCCGAAAAAACCGAUAUCACUUUAAGAGAAAUGAUGGACGAUGGUUCUGCAACAGGUAUUAUAUUGAAAUCAAAGGAACCUUGGCGAGAUAUAAAUUCCAAUUUGUAUUAUGAAUUUAUGGAAAGUAUACAAGCACAUUUAUCCGAACCAGAAGUUUUUAAUACCAUCGCUGAUUUCAUUCAAAAUUGUACCGAUACUUUAGAGUUAAUGAGGGGUAUGCAGGCAAAGGUAGAAAGUAAAGAACUGUCAAACGAGGAGGUCAAUUUGGAAAAUGAACGAAACACUUGGAGAUUGGUUUAUUGUCUCUAUCAGAAUCGUCAAAAUGCGACAAAUUUCCAAAGGUCAAUGGAUGUCGAUAUGAAUACAAAUAUUUCCGAGAAAGAAUUGAUUAAUUCAUUAUACGAAAGUGACAAAAUUAUAAGAGAAUAUCAAUUAAUUAUCGAUUGGUUAGAGAAAAAUGCUCUCGAUCAAGCAGAUAAACAGCCAUCCAUCGAACAAUUCACGGACAAGACUGUCGCAUGGGAAAAUACAUUACAUCAACUUCAUAAUCGACAAUUUGGAAUAAUGUUCAAAUCAUCAAGACCCAUUGUGUCGUCUCUCGAUCCCGACGCUCCAGUAAGAGAAGGAAAGCCUCUUCACGAUUUGGAUCGAGAAGAUGACGAGAGACUCGAGAAGAGAAUGUUUCUCGAGAUUCGUUGUGGAAGGCUACAAAAGGCACAGGCACUGGCUGUACAUUGCGGUCAACCUUGGAGAGCUGCUUGUUUAUUGGGUUGGACGCCAUAUCAUGAUCCAAAUUAUACAAAUCCAUUGAAUGAUACAAAAUUACCCGUGGAAGGAAAUCCAAAUAGAGGUCUGUGGAAACGUUGUGCUUGGGAACUAUCUGAAGAUAAACGAGUAGGUCGAUACUAUCGUGCUUUGUAUGCAAGUCUUUGCGGAAAUGUACAACAAUUAUUGCCAAUGUCACAGUCAUGGCAAGAUGCAUUAUGGUCGCACAUGAAGGGUCUGAUGGACAUAAAAAUAGAACGUGAAGUAACCAGUACAAUGCCCAAAAGUUAUACACCAAUGCCAGACGAUUAUUGGAAAGGUGAAGUAAAUCUUGAUGAUAUUUUCACUGAACUUCGUGCAUCGAAAGAUCAAAAAAUACGCGCCGAAGCAUCUAAACCCGAUCAUCUUAUUCAAAAAUAUUUGAUUCUCGAUCAAAUCCCUCAAUUAAUGGAAGAAAUUGAAACAAUGAUACAUCUUGGUAUAUGUGAUUCGCAAUUACUUCGUUUUUUAGCACAUUUAGUAUUAUUUUUACGACGUAUUGGAAAAUGUUCAAAUGACAAAAUAGCAAAUAAAGUGCUAUUGGCAUACGUUCGCAUUCUCAUUGAUAUUGGCGAUCCAAUUCUCAUUGCUUAUUAUGCCGCCACAUUACCUCAAGAUGAUCAAGUGACGAAUUAUGCUCAUUUCUUGGAAGAUGUAAAAGAUUAUGAGCAGAGGAAAAAAUGUCUUGUUGCAGCUGAAGAAGCAAAUUUAAAUGUUGAAGCAAUUACAAAAUUAGUCGUUGAAAAUAUUCGUGUAAAGAACGUUGAAUUGGAAUCACUUGAUUUAAAAGGCGAAAUAACCGCUGCUGAUUUAGAGAAAAUUGAUGCACUCGACUGGGUGCUUUUCUAUCAAAAUCAAAGAGAAGAAGCUUUAUGGCAAAGCAAUGCACUGAUGAGGUGUUUCUUAUCGAGUGAAAAAAUUGAUGCUGCUCGAAAAACUUUUAACAAGAUUCCAAACGAUACCAUCGAGGUUUUAAUGUCAGGUUAUCCAAAUUUGGGUGAUACAAUUGCAAAUCUAACAAUGUCUAAUUCUCUUCCGAAAAAGCCUGCUUCCUCGAUACGUGAAUAUAUGUGUUACAAAGCAUAUCUCGAUGCUCAAGAAGGCUUUUCAGAAUGGUUUUCUCACUAUCAUCAUGGAAAACCAAUUCCACUGGACGAUUUGCCAACUUAUGCUACGUUUACUGAAAAAGUGGCACAUGAUCACAAGAAAGCUCAAUAUAAUUCUGAAUUAGAACGUUGGAAGAGCACAAUGGUCCAUCAAACUAAAGAAGUGAAGCAGUUACUUUUUAAUGUUCUCCUGUUUCCUGAUGGUGGUUGGUUAGUCGAUGCACAUACUGAGAAUGAUCCUUUGAGUCCGGAGGAAAUUUUACGGGAACAUCAAAUGGAAAAAUUGAGAAAAUUGUGCAUUCCAAAAAUUGCUCUUUUGCUGCACACAGUAAUGUCUGAAAUGAAUGAACACUUUGAGUGUGUUCAAUUGGCAGAUACUCUAGCUUCUGAACAAUAUCGUUUGUAUAAGGUUUUUCCAAAAGAGAAACUCAGAGAAAUUUUCAAAAAAAUUUGCGAAUCUUCAGUGUCAUUAAUGGAUCAGAAGAAAGACGCCUGGGGAUAUUCUAAAUAGUAUUUAUGACUUCAAAUUUUCUAUUAUCGAGUAAAUAUAAAACUAAGCGAAAUGUACAAUAUAAUAUACAAAAGUCUAAACAA